UUUAUCGCAACGUCAAUAAACGACUGGACAUAACCUUAAACAAUAAGUGUGUGUGACCGUGUUUAUUUUGUGAAGAAUGUCUUUAGCUGACGAAUUAUUGGCGGAUUUAGAGGAAAACGAUCAAGAUGACUUGGAUGACGGCCUGGACCCUGAAGAAGAACCCGAAAUCAAGGAAGAAAAACCAGAUAUUAAAGAUCUUCUAGUUCAAGACACAACCCAAAUUAAUUCUGUGAGGGAACUCUGUAAACUAAGAGACUCUAGGAAAUUGCGAUCCAUAUUAGACCAAAUCGAACAAUACGUGAAAAAGGGACGCAAAAACUUUGACAUUAUUGGUCGUGUUGAGCUCGAUCCAGAAUACCAACUCAUCGUCGAGGCAAAUAACAUAGCUGCGGAUAUUGAUGCAGAAAUUGGUACCGUUCACAAAUUUGUACGCGACAAAUAUCAAAAACGCUUCCCUGAGUUAGAUUCCUUGGUGGUGAGUCCCCUCGAGUAUGUCAGAACAGUGAAAGAGUUAGGGAAUGACUUAGAUCAAGCAAAAAAUAACGAAAUUCUGCAACAAUUCUUAACCCAAGCCACUAUUAUGGUGGUGUCAGUUACAGCGUCAACAACACAAGGGACUCUACUCACAGAUUUUGAGAAACAACAAAUUGACGAAGCUUGCGAUAUGGCGGUAGAUCUCAAUAACUAUAAAUUAAAAAUUUAUGAAUAUGUAGAGAGCCGAAUGGCUUUCAUUGCUCCUAAUUUAUCAGCAAUAUUAGGAGCUUCAAUUGCAGCAAAAAUCAUGGGCAUUGCUGGAGGUUUGACGCGAUUGUCAAACAUCCCGGCGUGUAAUGUGCAACUUCUGGGACAACAAAAGAAAACUUCUUCGGGGUUUUCACAAGUGAAUAUGUUACCUCAUACUGGUUUCGUUUAUUAUUCAGAAAUUGUGCAAAACACGCCCCCUGACUAUAGAAGAAAAGCUGCGAGAUUGGUGGCUACGAAAUGUACUUUAGCGGCACGGGUUGACUCAAGACAUGAAAGUAAAGAUGGAAGUAUUGGUAGGAUGCUAAGAGACGAGAUUGAGAGGAAAUUGGACAAAAUGAUGGAACCGCCCCCUGUGAAGUUCGUAAAGCCACUUCCAAAACCCAUUGACCAGUCAAAGAAAAAAAGGGGUGGGAAACGGGUGAGGAAGAUGAAGGAGAGGUAUGCUAUGACAGAGUUACGGAAACAGGCGAAUAGGAUGAACUUCGCUGAUAUUGAAGACGACGCCUACCAAGAAGACUUGGGGUAUAGUAGAGGCACUAUAGGCAAGGCGGGCACAGGUCGUGUCAGGCUACCACAAGUGGACGAAAAAACCAAAGUCAGAAUAUCAAAAACUUUACAAAAAAAUCUACAAAAACAAAAUGUUUGGGGCGGUAGCACAACUGUCAAAAAGCAAAUAUCAGGAACUGCCUCAAGUGUGGCUUUCACGCCCUUACAGGGUCUUGAAAUAGUGAAUCCACAAGCGGCAGAAGUGAAAGUGAAUGAUUCUAGUGCUAAAUAUUUUUCAAACACGUCUGGGUUUUUCAGAGUUGAUAAAAAUUAAUGUAACAAAAUCUUUAUUUAAAAAUGAAAUAAAAAUUAAUCGCCUUUGGA